UGAAACGUCACUAUCAUUGAUCUUGCGGUAACCGCAUGCGGUUAGUUGCCACAAAUAUCGUGGCAAACCUUACACGAGUCUCUACACGGAGUUUGACCAGUCCCUUUCUCAAGGGCUGGCUGGCGAGUCUAUGCCAGGAUAUGAUGGAGCUGGAAGAAUGUACACUGGAAAGUCAGGAAUCCCCAACCCUCUGUGAAAACAAUUUGUAUAGCAAGUACAGUGAAAAUGCUGGGAGUAGCGAAGAUCAAGAUUUAGUGUCUCUGAGUAACGAGUUAGAUGUUCUGCUCGACCCGAAGAACACGUUGAGCACCCCUCCUCCGCUUAUCGACCUGUCCCCCUUUGAGUGCACCAAACUACAGCAAGAGGAGCUCGAGACACUGAAAGCCAUUUAUGGUGAGGACAUGAGCUGUCUCAGUGAGACCUGUUUUGUUGUCUGUGUCAAUUUCCUCACUGAUGAGAUACAGAAAGAAGAUGUCAUUAAGAUUUGGUUCAGUUUUCCACCAAACUAUCCCUCUGUGCCACCGAUAUUUGAGCUGGAGGCCAGUCAGUCGGGAGUGUGCUCGUACAGUGAUGCAGACGAGCUCUAUGACUGCUUUGUGACCGAGUCAUUCAAGAGAAUUGGGGAGGUGAUGAUCUUUGAUAUGGUAACAGUGGCUCAGGAAUUUAUGACUACCCUAGUUGAGAAGAAGGCUCGAGCUGCUGAAGAGAGGCGUGUGAAUGACCAGCAGUGGAGGGAGAGGAUGGAGGCACAAGAGUCCAUUAAGAGACUACUAUCAGCUCAGUCACCUGAGAAGCUCUCAACCCAGGAUGAAGGUGUAGCUGAAGGUGUAGCUGAAGACGUGACAGUCAACCCAGUUAGUUUGAAGGUGGACCAUCUGUUGCGGUCAGGAAUAGUCCUCAAGCCAACACAGUUUAUUGGUCGCAUCUCAGAGAUCAUUAAGAGACUCCCCGAAAACCUAAAGGUUAUCAGGAUAGAGAAUGUUCUAAGGGUGGACCUUGCAGAGAGGUACUGCAAAACACUAAAAGAAGCGAACGAGAGCUUGUGGAAAAAAGAGCGAGCUAAUCCUCACGAAAUAAACCUUAAACCACAAAUUGCGUUUCAUGGAACUCUCACUACUAGUCUACCUUCAAUUGUUCAGCGUGGGCUGGUUAUCCCUGGUCAACGCAACGAUGUUGCAGUAAGGUGUGGCUCCUCCUAUGGAAAGGGAAUCUAUCUAUCACCAAGUGCUGAUUACAGCCUGGGAUACUCAUCGUCAAACAGACUGGUUGUGUGUGCUGCCCUACAAGGAAGGAUCUAUAAAAUGGGUGCUAGGAAUUCGCAAACAGCAGCUAACUCCCGGUUCUACUGUGUAGUGUCGAGCUGUGACAACGAAUGGGUGUUUUUCAAUGCUGGUCAGGUGCUUCCCUGUUACGUGAUCCAGGUCGCUACGUGUGACCCCAGAAAACCACAGCCUCCUCCACUACACACACUGGUCCAGGGAGACAGGGACAGUGAAGCGUCAGCCUCAAAAGUAGACAAGAAGGCAGCUCUCUUGGCACGGGCUCGCAAGUUUUUACCGUACGGCUUUGGGCCUGGUGGUAGGACAGUCAUUGAGGAUGCUGCCAGCUUUGACGAUGAUGAGGAGGACUAUGGAGACUAUCAGGAAGCCAGGCAUGAAGCUGUGGAAAUUGAGUCAGAGCUCCAGGAGUAUAGAUACAAUUACAGUCAAAAGUGAUUUUGUUACAAUUCUACCAGCUUAAUUUAUUAUACCACAUUCUUGUUCUCAAUUCUCCUUUUUUAAUUCCGGCAGAUUACCUCUUGUUUUCAGUAUAGAUUAACACACCUUCAUUUAUGGUAUAGUACGUGUUUCUUUCAGGUUUUUAUUCAUUUUGUGUGUCUAUUAACAUUCACUCAUUGACCUACG